GUACUUCCGUCGGCGGGACCCUUUUGAAGGGUGGACUUGUCUGGCUGGAGAGUGCCUGGCGGAUGGUAUUAAGGACCGGACGCUUCCGGCCCGAGAAAGCCUACCCGCUUCGAGCUGUGUGUAGGGCCCGAUCGGAGGGGCUCGGAUCAUGGCGGAGAAUCACUGCGAGCUACUCUCAGCUCCUGGCGCCGCUGCGCUCGGGGUGGGGCCGGGGGGUGGCAUGUGUCGGCGCUGCGGUUCUGGGCUUGCGCCCCUCGGGGAGCGGGCUACAGGAGGCGGCUCCAAGUGGGUCCGGCUCAACGUGGGCGGCACCUACUUCCUUACCACCCGGCAGACGCUAUGCCGGGACCCGAAAUCCUUCCUCUACCGCCUGUGCCAGGCAGAUCCGGACUUGGACUCGGAUAAGGAUGAAACAGGUGCCUAUUUAAUAGACAGAGAUCCCACCUAUUUUGGGCCAGUCCUGAAUUAUUUGAGACAUGGAAAAUUGGUCAUUAAUAAGGACCUUGCUGAGGAGGGGGUGCUGGAAGAAGCUGAAUUUUAUAACAUCACUUCACUAAUAAAACUUGUAAAGGACAAAAUUAGAGAGCGAGACAGCAAAACAUCACAGGUGCCAGUAAAGCAUGUCUACAGAGUGCUUCAGUGUCAAGAGGAAGAACUCACUCAAAUGGUUUCAACCAUGUCUGAUGGCUGGAAGUUUGAGCAGCUUGUCAGUAUAGGUCCUGCCUUUGGCUAUGGCCGGCACCACCAGUCAGAGUUUCUGCUGAUAGUGUCUCGGGAAGUGAGAGGGGAAGAGACACGUUUCCAGAAAUGCUGCAGUGAGCUGGUCAGUAUUGGUUCAUCUUAUAACUAUGGAAAUGAAGACCAAGCUGAAUUUCUUUGUGUUGUCUCCAAGGAGUUGCAUAAUACCUCUUAUGGCACAACCAGUGAACCCAGCGAAAAGGCAAAGAUUUUGCAAGAGAGGGGUUCCAGGAUGUGAAGACCACAGUAUUGAGAGAUGAAGAAUUUUCGCUUUUUUUCCUCCCAAGACACAAUGAAAUGCCAUGUUGAAGAGGCUUGGCUAUAAGAAGAAACCUGCUUUAGACAAUUUUCUAUUGAGAUCUGGGUUUGAAUUUGAAUCUUUUUUUGAGGGCCUGUUGAGGUAGUGCGAGAUGGAAUUGACUGACUGUGGGACCGUGAAGAAAUCACUCUUUGGCAGAGUGCACAGAGAAUGUGUGUGUUCAGCCUAGUGCUGGCACAUGGCAGGACUGGCCCUGGGUGGAAAGCACACACCCUGAAUUCUUCCCCAGGUCUGUCUGCACAGGACUGAGGCAGAAAGAUCCUAUAAUGAUUGGUGUGAAGUGAUUUUUUUUUAACCUUUCUUUUUUUUUCCUUUGGUAUUAAUCUUUGAAGAUAGUUUAAAGGACAAUGUACUUGGUGCUACAUAUUACAACCCUUAAAUGCAGAUAUUUGGGGCCUUCACUGUUAGGAAAUGCUUGGCAGCCCCAGUUUACUGUCUUACACUGUUUGGUCACCCCAUCCAAGCUUUAGGAGAUCAAAUGAUAUCAGAAUGUAAUAUGUUUUAUCACCAGGCAGCAGGAACAUACAAGUGAAAUGAGUUCAGCCAUCCAGUCUUAUUGCAUGCAUUUAGUUGGGAGUUAUCUUUGCCAUUAAAGUGAAGCACCUAAUAAGAGAAGAUUUUUUUUGUCACUACUUCCUGAAGACCUUAUCUUAGUAACUAAUUCUUCUAACAAAAAUUAAGCUUCCAUCCCAGCUAAAUGUGGGAUUAGAAAAAAACAAUUCCUUAAUAUGUACUUUCCAGUUAAGAAAACUUUGUAUUCUCUACCCCUCCUCCCUUUAAAAAAAAAAAUGUAUAGCUCAUUUACCAAAUGUUCCGGUUUUUACUUUCUAGGAAUGCUUAAAAGUGUUGAGAAUUUUUUUGGAUUAGGUUAAAUGAUCGAAUGAGAGGUACUUUGCUUAAAAUUAUAUAGACUGGUUUUGCUGACCUCUGUCCAUGCAUCUGUUGUCCAAGUGAUCUCUAUUGGGAUUGGGGAGGUAUUUUGCACAGAUUUUCACCUGAUUUCUUGAGUUUAAAAUCUGGAUUGAAUUGAAAAAUUCAGGAUGUUUACAGUGCAUCAUAUGUCUCUCUCUUCCUCUUUCAUUUUCUUUGUAAAACUAUGCAGUUCUCUCUAGAAUCAUGGGGAUGUUUGAGAUCUCACACAGAACCAGUACAGGAUAUGUUAGCCUUACAUCAGAUUGGAGCUAUUAGUGUUUUUUUUUAAAAAAUCUGUUAGCAUGCUUUUUAAACAGAUUUAACUAAAGUAGUGGUGUGAAACUAGUUUUCUAAAGCUCUGUUUGGUAAGGUGGAGAUGUGAGUAUCUAGAAUGAGCAUACUCUUUGCUCCUGAUUUACAACAAACAGUUGAUUAACAACUGUUUCAAAGGGAAGGGGUAAGAAAACUGACCCUCAGGAUUGCUGACAUUUACAUUUUGGAGAAUGUCUAGAAUUUUAAGGCUUUUAAAAAUGUUGCAUUUCAAAACAUUUCCUGAAAUGUUGCCUCCAUCCCUUCCUCUUGCCAGUGACAUGUUCAACAGAGUUCUUGAGCAUCGAGGACUUAAUCUCCCUUUUUAUAAAGUUUGUUGUAUGUUAUUGUUAAAAAGGUUUGGCUUAAACUAUUUGUAAAAAAACAAAAACAAAAAUAUUUCUUACAAAGCAGAUUUAGUAACAGGCUAAAUUUUUUUUUUUUUCCUUUCACCCAACUGAGGCAUGGAAGGAUUUGUAAUGUGUUGUUUCCACUUGGACAUGCUCUCUGCAGGAAGCUGCUAGCUGCUUAGCAUCCAUUUGAUUAGUGAUAUUGAGAAGAAAGGUUUGUGGUGGUGUUUUUUUUUUUUUUUUAAGAUAUUGAGACUUAAUUAACUAAAAUUUAUUCUAAAGGGGAUAUUUAUACUUUUAUACUUUUUUAGGUAUCCAUAUUUUAUCAGCUUAAAGUUUAAUGCCUAAGUUUCCCCUUGAAAAUAGCAAAUAAUAAUAAUGUAUAUUUACAGAUAAGCAUAAUAGUUGUUAGUGUCUUAAACUGCAUAUAAAAGUCUCUGCUGCCAAAGUCCCUAGAUAAGCAUCUGGGGCUAGAGAUUGAUUACAUUGACCUCCAGAUGUAGUCUAGGGCAUCUCUGCUACCAUCAAGGCAUUGGUUUUGCUCUUGUGAGCCAUGCAGAGUAAGCUCAGCGUUCUAUUUCUUGGCUUGGUUUUAUUUGCCUUAGGGAGCAAGAGUCAUGGUUCCCAGGAGUAAGGUUCGCUUAGUGCCUGCCUCUUGUCAUCCACAUUCCAAUCACUGCACAAGAAGGGUAUUAUAAUUCCUUUCUUUUGACCAAGCAACUGUAGUGUGACUUUUCAGGACUGAUUAUAGCCAGCAGACCUGAAAGAAAAAAGAGUAGUAGAAAAAAAGCAUACAGAUUUCUUGGAAGUAGAAUUUGCAGAGUAUUCCAGAACUGAAGAAUUUCCUUUAUGGAGUGACUGCAUCUUGGAAUACUUUGUCAUUGUUCAUUUGCUUCUCCCAAUGGCAUUGCCUUCCUUUUUGCCUCCGUUAUUCCCCUGUUUGGGAAGGGGGUGAAAGGAGCACCAUUUUAAAAUGAAAAUUUAUUGAUACCUCAUAAAGUUAUUAUUGUUGUGUCUGUCUCUUUUUUUGGCAAAAAAUAAAAAUAAAAAUGAUGAUUUCCCAAAUUUCAUGGGAAAUUUCUAGACAACUCAUUUGAAAGAAUUUUGGGUGGGGUUGGGGGGGAAGAACUAGUUUCCCUUACUAAGUAGCAGUGCAUUCUUAGUGGCCCGUAAAAUCAGACCUUAAGCUAGGAUUAUUUCUCCUCUAGACCUCCAAAGGACCUGGUGUAAUAGCUGUUUUAUUCCUUGUGUUUUCAAAAUCUUGUAUCCAAGACCAAGUACAGAUGGCUGCCUCCAAAGGAGGCUUGCUUUGUGCAACUGGCUCAUCAUUCUUAAGACUGUUAGGAUUCCCACAUCUGCCACUAUCUAAAAAUCAGAAGAGUAUUAUAUUAUAGAAAUACUGAUGUCUGUUUUGCAUUGAUUAAUUCUCUCUGUCUAGCUGUGGGUAAGAGCAAUUUACCAUAAGUUUCUUCCCCCCAAACCACUUUGAGAAUAUAAAUUUUCAUUCAGAGUCUUUUGUAUAAACUAGCAGAAAAGCUACUCUAGGAAAUUCUGUACCAUCAAUUGAAAGACUUUUACUAAAAUUCCAUGAAAAAUCAAUUAGCCUAUAGCUUACCUCCCAGUAUCAGAAUACAGAUAUAACCUCCAGUAGUCUAGAGCAUUUCUCAUAGAAUUGCUGGUCAAAUCUUGUUGCUUUUUUAGUUUUCUGUCCAUGGAAAAUCUUAAUUGAGUCUUUUUAGUUAUCCGGUCCAAUGGUCUAACAGACUUUUUUUUUACAGCUUGAAUUGUAAACUUAUUGCUGCUGCAACUGGAAAAAAAUGGGGGUAUAAGAUGUGCUUCUGGUACCUCCCUGUUGCUCUGUUUAUUUUCUGCUCCUAAUUACCCAGAAGCUGAAAUCUGAGCAGGUAGGAAGAAAGGGAAGAGAAAGCUGAGCAUUUCCAGAUGUCAGUUUCUAUCAGUUCUGGGACUUAACUCAGGAAUGAUACUUUGGCCAUUAUUUCGGGCUGUUCCCCAUUUUCUAGAAACCCUUUGGAAAAGCAAAGGGAUUAAUCCUUUGAAUAUACUUUGAAAUUAGGACUCUUUUGUGGGUCCAAAAAGCACUCAGAAAAACAGUUUUCAUCACUGUGUUAGGAUUUACUUGCUGGUUAACACCAGUCUCCAGUAACUCCCUUCCUCCAAUGGCAUUGGCCUAUUGGAUCUGACUAUCCUGGCAACAAACAACUUUGACCUUUCUGCCUGAUUGGGACUACAAAGGGCUAAUUCUGCACCACUAUGGGGUUUUUGGUUGUUUCAUUUUUUGUCGUUAUCUGUCCUAAGGAGCUCGCACUUUUACUGCAGUAGAAAAUGCUAAGGGCUAACACCUUCCAGGUCUGUCUUUGGGGACUGUGUGUCUAUCUGUCUACAAUUAGAUAUGGUGCUCAAACUUAUUUUGAAAGAGUAGCUGCUGCCUUUAAAAAAAAACAAAAAAACCCAAUAAUUUUGGAUCAGAUGCACAUGCCCUUGGGGAAGGCUAAGCCUCCUUCAGGUCUAAUUUAUUGAUGCCACUGUCCUUGGGUCACUGGGGGGAAUUUCUUUGCCUUCUUCCCUCUCUCUGUCCCUCUUUUUUCUUCUUUCUUUCCCUCCAUUUCUGAAUGUCUGUCCAACUUGUUAGAAUUUCAGGUGAUAGGCUCUGAGAAAAUUGGGGUGAUGCCUUUUCCCUUAACACACUGUCUUCCCUUCUGAUUCCCCUCAUCCCUUCUGAUUGACUGAACCAGUCCUGGAACCUCUAGCUUGGCUUUGAGCUUGGGGCUGCUUCUCUGGACUUAGUACUUUCUCACUGUUGCUACUAGAGUUGCCACUGUGAGGUGAUUGCUCUGAACAAUAACUAGUUUUUAGGCAUCCCCUCUUAAAGACCUGAAUUGUAAUUGUGAGGGGGCUGGGCACUUUUUUUUCUUUACUUGGUACUCGUUCUCUGUUUUAGAGAUCUGUCCAAGAUGCUUAUGCACAAGUUCAGCCCUAACUAGUUGAGCAGUGGUUCCCCAGGAUGUGGACCAUUUCCUUAGUGAAGACUGUGGAGACACUGGAAAGGGUUGGAUAUACAGCUGACUACUCUUUCCUUUCUCAAAGGCUACUGAGCUGCUGCUCUUAGACAAGAUUGCUCAGUUAAGAUUUGUCUUCAUUUGGGCUGGAUUUGAAUUUCAGGGGUCUGGAUUUUGAAGGCUCUUCCCAGAAGCCUCCGAGUCCUCUUCAAGUACUCCCUUCCCCCUCUUACCUUCUCUACCCCCUCCUUCCCCCCCACUGAUUUGCCAGAGAGAAAAUUAUUCAUUUGACUGUGUUUUCAGUGCCCACUACCUUCCUGAGGUUUUUUCUGUGAUGCUUUAUUUCCCAGCUAGCAAAUUAGCAAUAAGUCUUCAUUUCAAUCUCUUUAAAGUGUUCUUAUUGCAGCAGAACUCGGAGCCAAGAGUGGGCCCUGGCUUCUGAGCUUUAAAGUUGCAUCAAGAUUAAAUUUAGCAGCAGCAAAGUGCACAUGAAAAGUUGUAAUAUAAGUAGUCCACCCAGAGGAAUCUGGGAGGAAACCUUACCUGGGGCUUCCUCCUUUAUCCAAAGAGGGAAGGUGGCUGCCCAUUGUUUCCAGAACAAAUAUAUGACAAAAUGUGUGGGUGUUUUUUAACCUUUUCAUAACACUAAGCUUAUUGUGAAUUGUAAAUUGCAUGAAAUAAACUUGUUUUCCCUUUUAAAA